GAGCGCACACAGGUCAGUUCAGACGACCCGCUGCGACAAGAAGGAAACUUACCGUCAUCUUCAUAUCUGACUGUAUCUUUUGAGGAUACUUUGUUGCAAAGAAGGGACACGAGAUUUUUUUUUCAAGUCCUUCAUUGGAAAUGAAGGACAUAUUCACUCCAGAUUGAAAAGCCGCACUAUUUAUGACUUUUGUCUAUUGAUUUUUAAAAACAAAAGUAAUCAGAGUUAAAACUUUUGCAGAUUCUCGGCUUUCUUUUGCGAGUAACACCGCAAUUUUGACAUCCAUACGAUGGCUGACAACAAGCAUCCGCAAGUGAUUUUCUGCAACGACUCGCCUAAAAGAGUUUUGGUGUCCGUCAUCAAGACCACUCCGAUCAAACCCAGGAAAGCCGAGGCCCUGACGCCGACGAGCCCCGGUUUCAGCGACUUUAUGGUCUAUCCGUGGAAAUGGGGGGAGAACGCCCACAAUGUGACUCUGAGCCCGGGCUCAGUGAGCGGGGCUUCGUCCCCUACCGGGACCCAGACGGCCAGGGAGGAGGACACGGCUCCCUCACCUGACCAGAUCAAGGAUGGUAUCCGCAGAGGCCGCCCACGAGCUGACACUGUCCGAGAGCUGAUAAGCGAGGGGGAGACGUCCUCCAGCCGUAUCCGCUGUAACAUCUGCAACCGAGUGUUUCCUAGAGAGAAAUCUCUCCAGGCUCAUAAGAGGACACACACAGGAGAGAGGCCAUAUCUCUGUGACUACCCAAACUGUGGGAAGGCAUUUGUUCAGAGUGGUCAGCUGAAGACGCACCAGCGGCUGCACACUGGGGAAAAACCCUUUGUCUGCUCAGAAAAAGGAUGUGGCAAUCGGUUCACCCAUGCCAAUCGUCACUGCCCCAAGCACCCCUUCUCUCGUCUGAAGAGGGAGGAACCAAAGGAGGGUCUGGGGAAAGCUCAGUCUGUGGAUAACAAGGCUGUGGCAGAGUGGCUGGCAAAGUACUGGCGAACCCGCGAGCAGCGCGCCCCCACAACCACCAAGGUGAAGCCGCAGAGCAAGGCAAGAGCGGAGGACCAGGAGCAGCAGGAUCCCAUGGAGUUCCUCCAGUCUGAUGAAGAGAACGGGGAAGAGGAAGAGGCCAUGGAGGAGGAGAAGAGCAGCCAGGGAGGAGCCGCCAAGCGGCGCCUCCAGGAGCAGCGAGAGCGUCUCCAUGGUGCUCUGGCGCUCAUUGAGCUGGCCAACAACCUGUCUGCCUGAACACCCACCAACGUCCUGAUCCUGGACUCCCAUUCCCUUCCCCUCAUAUUUCCAUUCCCAAACCGCCUUCCUGCAAUAUGUGCUGUGGCUAAAAUACUCGUUCAUAAACACAGAUCGAAGACUAGUUUAGUUUGUUCUAUCAAGUUGUGAAGCCAGACUUUGAGAAAGAGUUGGCCUGAGAUCAGUGUUAUGCACAGCGUCAUCUAACCCCCACCCCCACCCCCCACAGCACCAGGAAGGCACAAGCUAAAGCACCUUACUCGGCUUACAUUUUAUUCUUUUAGGCUGCUAUAAUUGUAGAUUUGACUAUAUGAAGAAUGUCUUUCUUUCUUGUGUCUUCUACAGGCAAAGAAAGAAAACCUGUUAUGUUUUUUAAUUUGUUUUGUUUGCACUUUGAUGGUAACGAGUUUUUUAAGUAUAUUGUGAGUGUAAGAGUGUGUAUGACUGAUGUAUAUAUGGGUUAAGCUCAGAUGGACAGAGCGAUACAGGGUGUGGUUAAACAUAGGAAAUGUUAAGUUGCAUUCUGACUGUCAGGUGACCUCUCAUGCUCCCAGGUUUCAUCUCCGGCCUUGUAAGCACAAUUUCACCACCACCGGUGACAGUAGUGGUGGUAGAAAUGGAUUGAGGAAGGUUCAGAUAGUUUUUUGCCUCACUGGUACAACUCUGUCUAAUUAAAAUAAAAGUGGAGAGCAAAAGGUAGACAAAAGGAGACACAAAAAAGUCAGGGGAGCUGGAUCAGUUCUGACAUGUGACAUGGUCUUUUUUUUUUUUUUUAACGUGCAAGUGAGAGGUGAUCAUUGCAAGCAUAAUCCAGAGGUCUGGUCAGGCACAAGCUUUUCCAAAAAAAUCCAGACUUUUAUAGCUUUGCCACUCAUCUCAGUAUUUACACAUGACCAUAUCUGCUUGACAUUUACCUGACAAGUGCAGGGAAAAUUCACCCCGGGCCAACUACCUACCAGCUUCUGGAUUGAGUCAAUUAACAUUCUACAGUGGUUUAAAGUUCAGAUUUUCAGCACGUACCAUAUUUCCAUUUUAACAACUAGUUUCAUCAUAGAUAUAAGAGAUUUGUGUAAAGCCUGCAGGCCAAGUUUUCCAACCAGACGGGAGAUGUUUUACAAUGGAUGUCAGUCACCUUUUAUAUUAAAAGGCGGCAGACCAGUUAUGAUACAGGCAUAAGCAUCAUACCAGUGUGUGGUGCAGCUAUGUCAUCUCAUUUCAAAUUUUAAAUUAUGAAAUAUUUAUUUCACCUUUUUUUUUCUUUCUGGAUAACAUUUUGUUCAUUAUGUUCAAGAGUGUAAAGGAAAAUGUUCUGACUUCACCAAAAAAAAAUUCCCAGCUUUGAUGCAUAAAUUUUGACAUCCCAUUGAUUUUGAUGAAGCACUUACACCCACCAUUAAGUCUUGGAUUAAGCUUGCAAUGCACUGAAGAUUAGAUCUGUUUUGUAUAGUGUCCAGGAAAAUGGCACCUGUUUUUCAUAACCUGAGAUGUGUAGUGCUGUUUUUUUUUUUUUUUGUUGUUGUUGUUUUUUUUUUUUCCCCGCAACACUACAUCCUUCAACACUGUAUGACGCCUCUCAUAACUGCCCUGCUUCUGGUUGUUUAGUGAAAACCUGCACCAACAACCUGUCACUCUGUCACUCUAGCUGUGAUGUUUGAAUCUGUUCGAUUUACAAAUUACCCUGGUGGAGUUGUGAAACUGGAAGGCAAAUUGUUAAUUGUUGAUAAUCAAAACGCCAAAUGAUUUAUUGUGUCCAGUUAUAGUAUAUUUUGAAGCAUUUUCUAACACUUAGUCUAUUUUGUGGUUUGAGAAGAUUAUGGCAUUUAAUAUAUACACCUUGUGUUUGUUAGAAUACUGAGUGUGCACAAUUUACAGAGAGCUUUUGAAGUUGAAUUUUAGUUUCAGUUUUCCCCUCCGCUAACAUCCUCCAACAGUUUUCAUGUUUGUGACAAGUAUAGAGUGAUCCUGCUUGCUUGGUAGAUAUAUAUUUUAUUAUACACAAGGUAAGAUUUCUCUGACAGACUGUCCACACUGUUAUAUAAUUGUUGGUCUUCAAUAAACAUUCACCGAAUUCGACUCAAA